ACCAAACGCACUUAUGCUAAACCCUCAAAAAAAAUAUUUUCAUAACGUAUUUUAGAGCAUAAUAAAAACCACAAUGGAAGAACAAAAUGUUUCCUACUCCUUCACCACAGUGAAGAACAAAAUUAGUAACUUUUUCAUGGCUAAAGCUCACCAGUUAAUAGUUUCAGUUCCAGGAAAUAAUGGUACGGCCAUUUGGGAUAUCAAAUGCAGUUUCCAUUCUCUCAUUGUUCUUUUAAUUGUUUCGCUCGUGGCCGGAGUUGUUUACUUGAGUGGAGAGAGUGGCCGGUUCUUGUUUGAAUAUAACAGUAAUAGUAAUAGCAGUAGUGACAAUAAUUUGGCUAUGGGAAGUCAUGAAAAUGAUGAUUUGGUGUCAUCUUCAGAUAAGUGUAAUUUGUUUUCUGGUAAGUGGGUUUUUGAUAACAAGUCAUAUCCUCUAUACAAGGAACAGGAUUGUAAGUUCAUGUCUGAUCAGUUAGCUUGCCAGAAGUUUGGAAGAAAAGACUUGAACUACCAACAUUGGAGGUGGCAACCUCAUCACUGUGAUAUCCCAAGGUUCAAUGCCACAGCAUUAUUGGAGAAAUUGAGGAAUAAAAGGCUUGUGUUCGUGGGAGAUUCAUUGAACAGAGGCCAAUGGGUUUCCAUGGUUUGCUUGAUAGAUACAGCAGUUCAAUCUUCUCUUAAAUCCAUGCACUACAGAUACAACGCUUCCUUGAUCAUUUUCAAAGUUAAAGAUUAUAAUGCGACAAUAGAAUUCUACUGGGAACCAUUAUUGGUGGAAUCAAACUCAGAUGACCCAGUACACCAUCGUCUCCCUGAGAGAAUUGUUAGAGCAAAUGCCAUUGAAAAGCAUGGUAGCCGUUGGACCAAUGCAGAUUUUAUUGUCUUCAACACUUACCUUUGGUGGAGACGCCCCCAUAUCAAAGUCUUGUGGGGUUCAUUUGAGAGGUCUGAUGGAAUUUACAAGGAAGUAAAAAUGUUACGAAGCUAUGAAAUGGCCUUGAAGACUUGGGCUGACUGGUUGGAAAUCCAUGUCAAUCGCUCCAAAACCAAAUUGUUCUUCAUGAGCAUGUCACCGGUUCAUGAAAGGGCUGAAGAAUGGGGCAAAGCAAAAGGUGAAAAUUGUUACAGUGAAACAGAGCAAAUACAAGAAGAAGGAUACCAAGGAAAUGGAUCAGAUCCAAACAUGAUGAAAAUAGUGGAAUCAACUAUGCAUGAACUUAAAAAUAGAGGAUUGGAUGUCCACUUACUCAACAUAACACAGUUAUCAGAGUACAGAAAAGAAGGCCACCCUUCUAUCUAUAGGAAACAAUGGGACUCUCUUACUGAAGAACAGAUUGCAAAUCCAAAUAGUUAUGCAGAUUGUAUACAUUGGUGUCUUCCUGGAGUUCCUGAUGUUUGGAAUGAGCUUCUUUAUGCUUCUAUUUUUAAUAAUUACUGAGAGUUAAAGAUAUUGGGGAAUUUGUAAAGUUUUUUCUUUUACCUUUUUACCAAAAGAAUCAACAAUGGUUUCUUUAUUUAGCCCAAAUGACUCUGGACCAAACGGUUGUAGGUGGGGCUGGUUUUUCUUUUUCUGUGUCCCUCUUUUUUUUUUUUAAUUUUGUUUAAAUCCAAAAUUGUAAGUGGUCUAUUUGGCAAUUGUAUAUAAGUGACAAACUGACAAUUGCUAUAAGAUUUUUCUCUUUCUUUAAGAAA